AUGAAGACCAAGUCAUUCUGUCUCAGUGUCAAGACCGAGGAGGCCCCGCAGUUUAUUGACAUCACGGAGUGGGUGUCGGGGUGCGUCGCCAAUUCCAAGGUAGAGAACGGGUUUGCCGUGGUGUAUUCCAAGCACACCACGGCAGCGAUAAAGAUUAACGAGAACGAGCCAUUGCUACUCGAGGACAUGGCCGUGUUCCUGGAGGGUGUCGCCCCCCGGCACGCUCCGUACCGUCACAAUGACUUCGAGAUUCGAACAGUCAACAUGAAUCCCGACGAAUCUCCCAAUGGCCACGCUCACCUGCAGCAUCUGCUGCUGGGUACCAGCGAGACGGUUCCGAUCCUCAAUGGCGAGAUGCAGUUCGGGACUUACCAGAGCAUCUUUUUCAUCGAACUUGAUCACCCCCGCAACCGUGAGGUGAUGGUGCAAGUGGUGGGCGAGUAG